CAAAUUUUUUUCGACUGAAGAAAUCCGAAAUAAAAUUCGUGCGUGCAUUCUCGAUUAAAAAAGUGAAAAAGUUGUACAAAAAGUAAUAAAUUAUAAAUAUUUAGAUUUAAAAUAACAAAUUAAUAGAAAAGUUUGUUAACAAACGAAACAAACAAAAAUGGUAAAUCCAUUUUUAAUGAUAGACCGUGAAUAAAAAGAAAUUCUUAGCCCUGCGUCAGGCGAUUUCUUUGUUUCCAAACAAAGAUUUUUUUUCGACGACAUCGACUUGUUUUGAAUUAGAAUAAUUCACAAAAGAUUCAAACAAUGGCCAAUCCUGAUGUGAAUUACAAAUCUCUCAACGAUGGUGGCAAUCCCUUUCGCAAAGACGACCAUUCGGGGGAUAUUGAGAGUCCCAACGAUAAUGAAGAUACUCCCAGAACAAGUGGCAUUAUGAUCCACAUUGUCCCCGAGACAAGUAGAGCUAGAUGGAAUCAUAUCGAAGACCUUGAUUCAUUUUUUACUCGCAUGUACAAUUAUCACCAAAAACAUGGCUUCACUGUAAUUGUUAUGGAUGGAAUGUUUCAACUAAUCCAAUUUGGAUUUGUUGUAUGGGUUUUGACUUUCACUGUUUAUUGCAUUGAAUAUAAAGAAUUAUUUGGUGAUGCUGGGAGGAAUAAAACAUCUAUUAGCGAUGUAACAAAACCAAUAGGAGAAUGUGUUCAAGGAUUUACAGGCAUUACAUUUUUGGUUUUGUUUAUAGCCACUUUAUUUUUUAUGGUAAAAAUGAUUAAAAUGAUCUAUCACAUAACGCAAUAUUCGGAUAUGAAGAAAUUUUACAAUUCUGCACUACAAAUUGAAGAUAGUGAACUUGACAAUAUAACAUGGCAUGAAAUCAAAAAGAAAAUUCGAGAAGUUCAAUCAGAACAACACAUGUGUAUAGAUAAAGAACAAUUAACUGAAUUAGAUAUUUAUCAUAGAAUUUUAAGAUUUAAAAAUUAUAUGGUGGCUUUAAUGAAUAAAAACUUAUUGCCAGUACGUUUUCGUAUACCAAUAUUGGGUGAAUUUGUUUCUUUGAGCCGUGGCUUGACUUACAAUAUAGAUUUUAUUUUAUUUCGGGGCCCGGGAUCUCCAUUUCAAAACAAUUGGCAAUUGCGGGACGAUUAUACUCAGCGAAGCAAUCAAGUUGAAUUGGCUCAACGACUGUCGAAGCAAAUUAUGUGGGUGGCCAUAGCUAAUCUAAUUCUUGCUCCGGUUAUAUUCUUAUGGCAAUGCAUCUAUUUUUCAUUUCAAUAUGUUAAUAUAUUGAAAAAAGAACCGGGCGCCUUAGGUAUGAGAACAUGGUCAAAUUAUGGUAGACUUUAUUUGAGGCAUUUUAACGAACUGGAACAUGAAUUAGAUGCACGUUUAAAUCGUGCCUACGAACCAGCUGACCGAUACCUUAGUUCGUUUUCUUCUCCUAUUAUGAAUGUUAUAGCGAAAAAUAUUCUCUUUCUUUCUGGUGGUAUUUUGUUUCUUAUCUUAGCACUUGGUAUCUAUGAUGAAUAUGUUUUUCAAGUGGAACAUGUUCUUACGAUCAUUGCUGUACUAACUGGAAUCGGAGUUGUUUGUCGAACACUUAUACCAGACGAGAACAGAAUAUGGUGCCCAGAACAAUUAUUAACUGCAGUACUCGCACAUGUACAUUAUCUUCCAUCUGAGUGGAAAUGCUUUGCUCAUACAACCCAAGUCCAACAAGAGUUUGGGCAUUUCUUUCAAUUUAAAGCUGCUCACUUGCUGAAUGAAAUCUGCAGCCCACUUGUAACACCAUUUAUUCUUUUAUUUGUAUUUCGUCCAAAAGCCCUAGAAAUAGUGAAAUUCUUUCGAAGUUUUACAGUCACUGUCAAGGGGGUGGGUAAUGUCUGCUCUUUCGCACAAAUGGAUGUUCGAAAACAUGGCAAUCCAGAAUGGCAAUUAUUGAAUGUGAACAAAGAAAAGGUUCCAGCAGAGGAAGAAGCUCAACAUUAUGCAGUAGAAAAUGGCAAAACUGAGCUCUCUCUUGUGCACUUUACCUUAACCAAUCCAGAAUGGAGAAUGCCACCAGACGCUAAACACUUCAUGAAAGGUAUUCGCAAAAAUGCCAUGCAAGACUUGAUGCGAGCCAAAACAUCAGAAUUGGAAAAUAACACUGCAAUGGCUGAGAGUUUAGUUUCAUUUGGAACAAUUGGUGAAGAGUAUUCUUCCGUUGCAAAUUCAAUAUUCAACAACCAUCACAUUGUUGGAAGUGUAAUUGGUCGUUCAGUUCAUCCUAUGCGCAAGCCAACUCCUAUGGCAGGCCCUUCGGCUGCAGCUGCUGCAGACUCUGGAAGAACAUUUGACUUUGAACAAAUGUUGCAACAAAAUCUAGAGGAUGCAUCUACAACUACCGAGCAGGAAAAUGAUGAUGAUGCUCCCGUACCUGCAAUGCAUAGAUCAACUGCUCCAAUGGAUAGAAGUGUACGUUUUGGUGUGAGAAGGAGCGAAGGUCGUCCAGAAGGUCCUGCUGACAGUCUUUUGUAUAGCAUCUAUGGCCUAGACACCCAUAUGGGAUUUAAUCCAGCGGAUCUAACUACAGCGGACAUGUGUUUGAGCACGUUGUAUCUUCAUGAAGUCCAUCGUAGAAGGAUGAAAGCUCGUCCCGCAAGAAGAAAUCUUCCUGGACGGACAAAUACAACUCAAUCGGUAAUUACAUCAAAUGUCGCUGAGAGCACUCCGCUACUUCAUACACAUCGGUCAUAGCACAAGGCUGAGUGGAUCUGAAGUCUACUACCAAACCAAACAAUGAAAAAAAUAAGAAAUAAUAAUUUUUGCUACCCAAUUUGUUUUAUCACUAAUUCUCUAAAUGAAUCAGCCCCCUUCCCCCAACUACUUCUAUUAUUAUCUAUGAACCAUGUUUUGUGGUAAGUGAAAUCAUCAAAAAUGCCAAUUUCAUAACGAUGAUUAAGGAGGUGGAAAUAUAAUAUCGGACAUAGAAGACACCACAGCCAUCUAGUCUAAUGCUGCAUUUGUUGAUGAGAACAAAAUAAAUAAAAAAAUUAUGACAAUUUUUUAGACGUGUGUAAAUGCAGCAUAACAUUAUUUUCAUACAAAACAUAUUUUUUUAAUAUGAGAUUUAUCUAUCUAUCUUUAAGUCGUCGAUAAAAAUCAAUCAAAAUAAAUAAAAAAUAUUUAAUUGCAUAUUUUAAAGAUUGAAUCAGCAUAAAGGAACAAAAUAAACUGAUUAAGAUGUAAUUUCAACUAAUUUUCAUCGUCCUGUAAAUAAAAAAUGAAACGUUUAUCAUUACAAAAUGGAACUAAAAA